AUGCCCCUGUCUGUGGAGCCUGGUGUCAAUGUGCCGCAUGAAUCUACGGAGUACGGGUACAGGUCCUGUAUAGGGCAGGGCAAGGCAGGGCAAGGCAAGCAAGGCAAGCAAGGCAAGCAAGGCAAGGCAAGCAAGGCAAGGCACCGUGACAGAGACUCUGUGUUCCUGUCUUGCGUCAAAAGUUCGAUUGCCGAUGGGGCUCGUGACCAAAAGGAAGCAUCCAUAGAAUCGACGAUGGCCCUGCCCUUCCCGUCAGCCCCAGCUGAUGGGCCUCCAAGGCAAGGGAGAGAGAGAGAAGGGAACGCCGUUGAGGGCUGUGGGCGACAUUGCGCACUCACUCUGGAUGACGGACUGCAAGCGAUGCACUGUAUUUGCAUAUACCACCACCUCUUUACGGGUCACGAGGUGGCCAUGGACAACCACAACGGACCGGCUAGGUGCCAAGAUGGACGUAGUAUUACCACCAAGGCAGGAGAUGGCCAUUUAUCCAUGGAUCAAUAG